AAUAUGAGAGCGAUAAUCCAGACUCAAAAUUCAAGCUCCUCUUAACUAGGAGAGAGAGAGAGAGAGAGAGCAUGAAAGGAAUCAUGAAUCAGUGCAUAGUGCAUAAUUGGAAUCCAAGGCACCAAAGACAAGAACAAGUUGAAGGUGAAGAGGAGAAAACAUCCUCUCACGUGCACAGCCAUCUUCACAACCUCACUACACCUCAUAUUGUCCCUAUGUCUAAUUUUGAAGUUACAGAGCUAACAUGGGAAAAUGGGCAGUUAGCCAUGCAUGGGCUUGGUGGGCUCCUUCCCACAGCCCCGACAAAGCCCACAUGGGGUAGGACCGGCGACACGCUGGAAUCCAUAGUCCAUCUAGCUGCAUGCCACCAACAAAAUCUAAAUCUACUUCCUCCACAUGACCAUCUGCAUCAUCAUAAUCCGGCUCCAAACAGGACGACCUCCUCCGCCAAAAAAUGUGCCGAAACCGUGGGACACAUGCCGAUGUCUCCAGGAUUCUCGAAGAAGCGGAUGUGGUCAGAAUCCGAAAAAAAAUUUGCUAGUGGUAUUCAAGACGAUAGAAGUGCUUGUGCUAGUGCGACAAUUUUUAAGGAUAGUGGCACAACUAUGAUGACAUGGGCUUCUUUCGAAUCCCCUCCUCAAAGCUUGAAGACUAAAACCACGGAUGAGGAUUCAGCUUGUAAUGGUGAAUCGGAAAACCAAGAUGAAGAGCGGGAAAUGAAAGGGGAAACAGGCCGGUCCCACUCAACAAGGCGAUGUCGAGCUGCUGCUGUACAUAAUCAGUCUGAAAGGAGACGUAGAGAUAGGAUCAAUCAGAAAAUGAAAGCUCUGCAGAAGCUUGUACCAAAUGCAAGUAAGACUGAUAAAGCAUCAAUGCUUGAUGAGGUGAUUGCGUACUUGAAGCAACUACAAGCACAAGUUCAGAUGAUGAGUAGUGCAAGAAACAUGCCCCAACAGAUGAUGAUGCCACUAGGAAUGCAGCAACACAUCCACAUGUCUCUCCUGGCCCGUAUGGGCCUUGGUGUUGGGCUUGGGCUGGGAAUGGGCCCAAUGGGGAUGCUCGACAUGAGUACCGUGGCUCGGCCUCAGUCUCUCUCUCCCCUCCUCCAUCCGGGCACCGUGGCUGCAGCGGUCACAGCCGGUCCCACAUUUGUUCCCCCUCCCUUUGUGUUGCCUCCCAUGAUGCCAAGCCACACUCAGGCACAGGCAACUUCAGAUGCAGCUAUCAACAAUUCAGUUCCUUUUAACAAUCCCUACUGUGCAUUUCUAGCUCAAUCUAUGAAUAUGGACCUAUACAACAAGAUGGCGGCAAUUUACCAUCAACAAGUCAAUCAAACAACACAGCCAACAAGCAAGCCUUUGCCAUCAAGCCAUGUUCAAGGGGGUUAAAGGACACAUAUCUAAAUUGGCAUUUUUAUAUUUAUGUCACAGAUGCUUGCCUCGUUGACCCAAAAUGUUAAUAGCUAGGAAAAGUUUUGGUGUUUGUUGGGCUGGUAAUAAAUUUUUCCCUUUUUCUUUUUCUUAUUUUUUUAAAUUGGGGAAAUAUGUAUCAGUGUGUUUGAUAGAGUUUUUACAUACAACUCAUGAAGUAAAACUAGUUUCAAUAAGUCGAAAAAAAUGAUUAUCGAAAAGUUAUAGAGGGGAUUGCUUUUAAUUUAUGUUAAAUUUAAGUUAUGUGUAUAUAUAUAUAUAUUUCAAUAUU